UGUCAAUUAGUUAUACCAUUAAGUAAUUCUCCCUUUUUCGCUUAGAUAUUUCUCUACUAAUUGUUGCCUGCAGAUAUUUUGUUUUCCACUUCUGCUGCAAAUUCAAGUCAGGUUUUAAAGAAUAGCUAUUGUGCAAGUUUUCAGAAACCCACCACCAUGUCAGACAAGGAGAAAUUUCACGUUUCCGGACCAUCCCAACUGCCAUCAACAAUUGAUUGGUCAAGUUUGUGUGACCAAAAAUCGGUUGCAGCUAGUUUGGUUCGAGGCGCUUACGUUUUGGAGCUUGACCGGCUCCAAAAACGACAAGGGGCCGAAGCCCUCGCGCAUCCGUGGUGGGAGGGUUUCGGUUUCAAGUUAUCCGAAGUGCUCGAAGACAACCGAUCCACCAUAUUCGGCGCCGUGUUAGUGUAUGAUCAUCUCAUACAAAACCAGCAAUACCAGCCUAGCUGCGUGGUGGCCUUCAGGGGCACCAACACCAAAGAUAUUGCCGGCUUCAUAAGGGACACCAAUGUGAACUUUUGCAUCGGGAUCCACACGCUCCAUGAGACGGACCGCUUCGAGAGGGCUCGAGAAGCCGUGCGUGGCGCAGUCAACGCUUUCGGCAUCGACAACGUCUGGAUCGCAGGGCACUCGCAAGGCGCGGCCACGGCACUCCUCGUGGGGAAGGACAUGGCGAAGGGCCACGGCGGCGGCAAUCCGUUUCCCCUCAAGGCCUUCUUGUUCAACCCACCCUUCGUCGGGUCGACCAACCGGAUCGGGCGCUCGUUGGUGGGGGUGCUGGUGGAAGUUGCCAGGACAUUUAGGAUUGACGACGGCGACGACGAGGCGGCCUUCGCGGCGUGCUCUUGUUGGCACCCGCAUCUGUUUGUGCAUCCCAAGGACUUUCUUUGCCGUGGCUACAUAAAGUACUUUGAACGAAGGAGGAUGCCCACGGCGCAGUACACGCUACGGGGGCUCCUCCUCGGGGCAGACUCGACGCAUCUCAUUGCGUCGGCUGUCCUCGUAGUGAACCACACUCUGGCUCCUCUGGCGCACUGGAAAAAAGCUCAUGGGAUUUAUCAGUGGUGGAGACCUGAAAUUGAGUUGAGAGCUCAUAAAUACACUUUUAAUCUUAACCAACCAUUUUCUACACAAGAGUUCCCCGUCUCAUAAUGUUCAGGAUGCAAAAAUUCAAAAGAUAAUGACUUGUAUGUUAUAAACUAUACCGUCAUUUACUCUUUUCUAUGGAGUACGUAGUGUAUUAUUUUUCAAGGAGCAUGAAUUUUUGACAUAAUGUAUUGUCAUAAUAGGGUUGAAAUUGUAAUUGUAUUUUA